AUGGCGCCGUCGUCCAUGAACAUGGAGAAGGAGAAGGCCAUCGACGACUGGCUCCCCAUCACCUCAUCGCGGAACGCCAAGUGGUGGUACUCCGCCUUCCACAACGUCACCGCCAUGGUCGGCGCCGGCGUGCUCAGCCUGCCCUACGCCAUGUCUGAGCUCGGAUGGGGUCCCGGCGUGGCGGCGAUGCUCCUGUCGUGGGUGAUCACCCUGUACACGCUGUGGCAGAUGGUGGAGAUGCACGAGUGCGUCCCCGGCAAGCGCUUCGACCGCUACCACGAGCUGGGGCAGCACGCCUUCGGCGAGAGGCUGGGCCUUUGGAUCGUCGUCCCGCAGCAGCUCAUCGUCGAGAUCGGCGUCUGCAUCGUCUACAUGGUCACCGGCGGCAAGUCGCUCCAGAAAUUCUACACCGUUGCCUUCCCGCACGCCGCGCCCCUCCGGACCAGCUACUGGAUUAUGAUCUUCGGCUCCGGCCACCUGCUCCUCUCCCAGCUCCCGAACUUCAACUCCAUCACCCUCGUCUCCCUCGCCGCCGCCGUCAUGUCCCUCAGCUACUCGACGAUCGCAUGGGUGGCGUCGGUGCACAAGGGGCGGCACGCUGACGUGGACUACGGCAAGACGGCGUCGACGACGACGGGGCAGACGUUCAACUUCCUGAGCGCGCUGGGAGACGUGGCGUUCGCGUACGCGGGACACAACGUGGUGCUGGAGAUCCAGGCCACCAUCCCCUCCACCCCGGAGAAGCCGUCGAAGAAGCCCAUGUGGCUCGGCGUCGUCGUCGCCUACCUGGUCGUCGCCAUCUGCUACCUCCCCGUGGCCUUCGUCGGGUACUACAUAUUCGGCAACGCCGUCGACGACAACAUCCUCAUCACCCUCGAGAAGCCGCGCUGGCUCAUCGCCGCCGCCAACCUGUUCGUCGUCGUCCAUGUCGUCGGCAGCUACCAGAUCUACGCCAUGCCGGUGUUUGACAUGAUGGAGACGUUUCUGGUGAAGAAGCUUCGAUUCAGGCCGGGGCUGCGUCUCCGUUUGAUCGCGCGCUCACUCUACGUUGUUUGCACCGCGCUGGUGGGCAUCGCCGUCCCGUUCUUCGGCGGAUUGCUAGGGUUCUUCGGUGGCUUCGCAUUCGCGCCGACGACCUACUACCUUCCUUGCAUUCUGUGGUUGAAGAUAAUGAAGCCCAAGCGGUUUGGCCUCUCUUGGUUCACCAACUGGUUUUGUAUCAUCGUCGGCGUGCUUCUGACGGUGUUCGCACCUAUCGGUGGUCUCCGGUCGAUCAUCGUCAACGCCUCGACCUACAAGUUUUUCUCGUGA